AUGGAUAAUAAUAAUAAUAAGUUUGAGCUGAUGAAAUGGGAAUCUGAAGAUCAGAUCAGUGGUUUGAGUGAUCUGGUGACGAGGUCGUAUAGUUGUAGUUUUUGCAAGCGAGGAUUUUCAAAUGCACAAGCUCUAGGGGGUCAUAUGAAUAUUCAUAGAAGAGACAGAGCAAUCAUCCGACAAAGAUUCUCCGAGGAAAACAAGGUAAAUAAUAAUUAUUCCUCUGAAUAUACAAACCCAGAUCAUCAUGACCAAUAUGGUUUAUCAUCAUCGAAAACUCAGAAAAGUGAUAAUCAUCAUCGUCAACAUCAAAACCUAGGUUCUAUUCCGGUACAAUUAGACUUAUCACUGUUGGCCGAACAGCAUAGUAACAAGCCACGUGUUGAUUCUCAGACGAUGACGGGAUCAGAUGAUGACCAUGUUGGUUCCUUUGUUGGGGAACCAUCGGUGACCGCUGCCGCAGCCGUGGUGGAGGAGCGGAAGACGGAGGAGUUGGACCUUGAGCUCAGGUUAGGGCCAGAGCGUCGACAUCAUGAUGAUAGGACCACGUUGAGUACAAGGGAAUUCUUUUGAUCCAUGUUUUGAGCAUGCAUAUAUCUGAAGAUUUAUAUAUGUUGGCUUUUUGGAAAUGAAAACACUAGAGGUUAUUAAUUAUAUAUAUAUAUAUAUAUAUAUUCUUAUUUCUUGGGUCUACAAUCAUCUAUUUUUCUGAUUCAUUCAUUUGCAUGGUGUUUUCAUUUCUUCUUCACUUUAAUAUUUAGAUAUAGUGUGUUAUGAAACAAUAUUUAAGGAAUAUAGAUAUUUUAUUGAUUGUAAUUGUUCUUAAUGUUGUUAUAUUAAAAUUAUAAAAAUAAUUCA